CAAAAAGGCCAGGAAGAACACGUGCCGCGUCUCGAUUGCAGUCACAUCUCGUUAGACAUGCUUGCACGCUCUGCGCGCAUCAGCACAAGAAGCUUCUCCACAUCGGCACUCUCUCGACCAGCACAAGCAUCGCUCCAAGCUGUCAGAAACCGGCAAAACACAGUUCAUAAAAUUUCGGCGCCGCAACAGUCAUCACGGCUUACUCGCCGCCGGUUCUCAACAUCGCCUGCAGAAUUCCAGCAACUCGGCUCUCGCGAACCAGAAGGGAUCUCAACAUCUAAGAAAAUGGCCGGCUCUGAUCACUUCCUCACCUUGUCUUGCCCGGAUAAGGCAGGCAUCGUGUAUGCUGUCACCGGCUUGCUUGCAAAGGAGAAUCUCACCAUUCUCGACCUGCAGCAAUUCUCUGACCCAGCAUCGAAGACCUUCUUCAUGCGCGUGCACUUUGGUCACGCGACUGAGCUCGCCGGCCUCGAGAAGUCUAUGGCUGAUCUUGCAAAGGAGAUGAGCAUGACCUAUGACAUCCGCUCCGUAGACACCAAGCCCAAAGUCUUGAUCAUGGUAUCCAAGAUUGGCCACUGCUUGAAUGACCUCCUCUUCCGCGUCAAGUCCGGACAGUUGAAGAUCGAAGUCCCAGUCAUUGUCUCCAACCACCCCGAAUUCGCCGACAUGGCAAAGGCACAUGGAAUCGAGUUCCACCACCUGCCUGUCACCAAGGACACUAAGGCCCAGCAAGAAACCCAGAUUCUAGAGCUCAUCAAGCAGCACAACAUCGACCUUAUCGUCCUGGCAAGAUACAUGCAGGUCUUGUCCCCUCGCCUGUGUACUGAGAUGUCCGGCAAGAUAAUCAACAUCCACCACUCUUUCUUGCCAUCUUUCAAGGGCGCGAAGCCUUACCACCAGGCGUAUGAGCGUGGUGUGAAGAUCAUUGGUGCGACUGCGCACUUUGUGACCGCGGAUUUGGACGAAGGGCCGAUCAUUGAGCAGCGCAUUGCGCGCGUCGACCACGCGCUCAACCCGAACGAGCUGGUUGUUGAGGGUAGCAAUGUUGAGAGCCAGGUGCUUGCUGCUGCUGUCAAGUGGUGGAGCGAGAAGCGUGUGUUCUUGAACGGUGCCAAGACCGUUGUGUUCAACUAGACAUUUCUAUCGGCCUCUCAAACGGGAAACGGCGUUCAAAUUGACAUGCAGUAGAUAUUCUUACCAAUAGAGAGAUAAAGCUGUCAGGAUGAUUUCAGUAGUUCAACUUCUAAUCAGAUUUACCUUAGGUUGAUCAGAUCUCGGCAUCCGGCAAUGUGCCUCGUCUCGUGGCACACGUCCACGAGGCCGCCAUGCAUCGUACAGCUCGUCACGACAUAUGGCAGACCACAAUAAGCCAAUGCGGGGUGAACCACGGAGAAAGAUGUGUUAUGUGGAGAUUUCUAGGAAGUAUAAAGAUGGCCAC